ACAGCUCAUUUCUCUACCUUUACGGUCCGAUGAACCGUGACAUAUGCAGCUAAACACUGCGUAAACCACAACAACAACACUGGUACAAACCAACAACAUCAACAACAACAACAACAACAAACAGAGCGGACCCGUAGCCUGCGCAACACAUCGUAUCCACGCCCUCCAUUUCUGUCUCACGCUCUGUCUAAACAACAAAGUGACUGUAAACCGAGCAGCCGACCGAGAAAGUGUCCUCCGGUGCUGGUGGGUGAUCCCUGUGGACGGCACCAUGUCAGACACACGGGGGGGGGUGGUGCCGUACAAGCCUGUAAAACUUUAUUAAUAAAAGAACUGGCUUCAGACGGUCAGACAUGGCUGCUUUUAUUCCUCCAGCCGCUCGUCUCCUAAACGGUUAAACGUAAUUCCCGGGCUGAGCGGCCGCCGCCGUUGCCCAUGCGGGCUCUUCUUCUUCUUCUCUGUGGAUGGUGCGUAAUAAUAUCAUCUGGAGAGGCCGAGGCCGACAUUUUACCCCGGUCCGGAGGAGCCUUAACUCCGAGGGGACAUCCGAGGACACGCGAUAAGGCUGGGAGGCUGAUAGCUGCAGGGCUGCGACAUGUGAAAAGAACUCCACCUCUUGACCUUCUCAGCUCUCGACCUUAGCAGAACUCUCUUGAAGUGACGUUGUGACCGCGACCUGACACCCUCCUGCCUCGGGCAUGCCUCAGCCGGGUAUGAAUGGGAUGGAGCCUGCGUUUGGCGAGGCCUACGGGGGACACAGGGGUCUGCUGAGCCCCUACCCUUUGGCCAUGUCGCCACAAGGGGGCAGGACCGAGUACGACCAGAGCGUGCUCCUCAUGCUGGGCUCCCCUGCAUCGCCAAGGAAACGGCCUUUUGAGUUGCUAAGCGACCUGGUGGACGACGGCGGCUUCGGCGAGGACCUGCACCCGGAGCGCUGGGACGUGUCCGCGCUGGACGAGAUGACUCGCUACACCAAGCUGGCCCUCGGGGUGGGAGGGGAGCUGCUGGCCUGCUCUGAGGAGGCCGUCCUGAUGGGCCGCUGGGGGUGGAGCCGGGAGGAGCAGGAGGAGGAAGAGGAAGAGGAGAGGAGGACGAGGAGCAGACAUACUGCGCCUCCCCUCACCCAGGAAGCCCAGGCCGCUGCGAGGGAGGAGGGGCGUGCCUCUGUCGCCACAGCAACAGAGAGGGAGGCAUGCGUCGUAGGAAGAGCGGCCGGAGGAGGACAGGACGGGGGGAUGUCGAGGGAGCGUACAGUGGAGGUGUAUCAGGUGGCUCAGCAGGAAGAGGAGGUGGUGGCGGCGGCUGCGGCGGCGGCGGCUGCGGGGUUGGCUCUGGAGCACUGCAGCGAGGAGCACAACUACUCCCUGAGCCAGGGAGAGGAGCUGGCGGCAGGGCCCGGCCACAACUCCCAGACGGAGGUGGGGACGCAGCAGGAGGCGCGGGGCAGGGAGGAGAGCCACGCCAGGACUGAGCUGGACACGGAGGCCGAGGGGCGGGAGGAGGAGGACGACGACGACGACGAAGAGGAGGAAGAAGGAGAGGAGGGGGCGGAGGAGACGGCGGCGGAAGCUGAACUCUCGAGCUCCUCGGAAACCGAAUGUGAGGCGGAGGCCGAGCCGGCAAGGCAGCCGGGCGAGCGGCCGUCGAAGCGCCGCUGCUUCUGGGAGUACCGACGCGCCCGAGAGACGGCCACAAAGAAGAAGCUGGGCGGAGACGUCCACUGGUCUCUGUCCUGGAGCUCCAGCACUCUGCCCAGCACACUGUACCGGCGAGAGGGCAAAAAAGGGCGGCGCAAAGCUCGCAAGACAGACGCCAGCGACCUGACGCCAAACCCUCAGAAGCUCCACAACAUCGGGGAGCAGCUGCAGAAGCUCAACGCUGCCAUCGACGGCAUGGGUCCGGUCAACGACCUGCCCGCCGUGGCCCGAGCUCGGUCCCGGAAAGAGAAGAACAAGCUGGCCUCCAGGGCCUGCCGGCUGAAGAAGAAGGCCCAGCACGAAGCCAACAAGAUCAAGCUGUGGGGACUCAACCAGGAAUACGAGAACUUGCUGGGAGCUCUGCUGAGGAUCAAGGAGGUGAUCCGGCGGCGGGUGGAGAGCAGCGAGGAAGAGGACACGGACGAGCGAGGGAUGACUCAGCGCCUGGAAGACAUACUCCGAGAGUCCAGCGGUCCUUUAGUUGCCGGGCGGACCAAAGACUUUGUGCAGAGGAUUUUGGCAGCCAGCGCGGGCGGUCAGAACCAGCGCAAAGAGCCUCCCCAGGAAGACGAUGAGGCAGCGGGAUAAACUCGGCCAGCGUCCCUCCUCCUCUUCCUCCUCCUCCUCCCAUCACCAACCAGCCCGACCUGAUCGAGUGUGUCUACACCGCCCCUCCACUCGCACGUUGUACACAUUCGAGUAAGAGCUGGAGAUUCUGGGAAAGAGGAAGAAGACGAAGAACAGGAGGAGGAGGAGGAGGAGGAGCAGGAGGAGGAGGAGGAGGCCUAAACAAAAUGGGAGUAAAUUGCCACCCUGCUCCUGGUCCUCUCCUGUCGGCCCUCCAAACAGCAGCUGUCUUCGCCGCUCUGGACCCGCAGGCCGCACCACAACCAGCACCAGGCCAGAGCUGCUGCUGAUGUCUCUGUUCUGUGUGUGUGUGUGUGUGUGUGUGUGUGUGCGUGUGUGUGCGCGUGUGUGCGUGUGCAUCCGUGUGUGCGUGUGUUGGACAUGUAACAUACCGUAUGAGCGUGUAUAGUGUUCCUCUCUCCCUCUAUGUGCUGUAUUUGUAUCCCAGUGUGCCUAUGAAUAGACAUUGCACUGUUUUGUAGAUGGUCGUAGUUGCCGGCAGGGGACCGGUAGUGAGCCGAGGGCGAGGGGGCAUUUGAGGAUAGAGGAAGUGCUAAAAUAAGGAAGUGGGAGGAGCCCAGGCCUGGGAGACAAAGAAACGGGUGUGUGUGUGUGUUUUAUUUUAUUUGGCUGGGCUCCUAUAGAAGCACUGCAUACCAUUUGGAUUGCAUCGGCAUCUGAAAAGUCAGUUAAUGUUGUUGUGACACACAUCGAGUGGUGGAGUCCUGACGCCAGACCAGCUGUUGAUGGAAACAACAGCCUGCUUGUUGUGGAAAAGUCUUUGGAGCUUUAAUACCCACCUCUUUAACACCCCUUCAUCCCGUCAAAAUGAAAGCAAAGUCAAAAAUGAAAGAGAAAAUCCUGCACCUUAAUCCAAACUGACCAAAGAAAACUGCUGAACCACUCGGACACCAAAACCUCUCACCACUUCAGAUGCUGCCAACCAUCAACACAUCGUUUUGUUUCGGGAAGGGAGGCAAAAGUGACUGAAACAAGUUUUUUGUUUGCCCACAUGCAUCCUUAAAUGUUGGCAUCGCUGAACCUAAACGCAAGCCGUCUCUUGGCCCUGAGAGUCGGAGGUGUGACUGACAGGUUUAUGAUUUGGUCAGCCUUUUAGCUCUGCAGCCUGGUGCUCCUUUAGCUUAUCUGCAGUCGCUUUAUUUUUACCCACAAAAGGGAAGUGUCCUCAAUGCCUUCCCCGAGCCCUCUCCUCAACCCCUGACCUGAUUAUGUAGCGCACCUUCCUCAAUUGCAAUGACAAAUAGAGAAAAACACUUGUAGUUGUAGACAGCAACAAAUAAGUUUGAUUUUUUUUUUAUCAUUAUUAUUAUUAUUACGACGAUGAUGAUUUUGUUGUUGUUUUGGCGAUGCCACAGCCCACAGAGUGGGCGUCAGUCGUGAGAAAUCUGCCUUUCUUCUGUGGUUUUUGCUGAAGCUGAAGACCAACUUGUCCAAGGUCUCUAAAUGUUGUUGGACAUUUAAAAAAAAAAAAGUCAAUGACCCUUUGAAUUGCACUGUGGUAAAAGCAACUACGCACCUUCGAAGAGGGCUUCAGAUCCUCCUAAAGAGAAAAAAAGACUCUUGGCACCUUUGUCUGAAGACGGAUGUGGACUGAGAGGCUCGUCGUGGACGCUCGGCGCCUCCUGACAGUGUGGUGCUACUGUUUGAUGAUAGAAUAAAAAGCAAUGCAAACCUGAGCAUCAGGCAGUAACUGCUGACUGGGUUUUGGCCUGCGAACACGUACUGUUGUAAUGGGCAGUUUGUUUGCAUAAUGACGCCUUUCUGAAGUGCCUGGAGCUUAAAGCCACAGGGACCUGUGUUAUUAUGCCUGAUCCUAAACCCUGUUACGAGGUACAAGGUAACCCGUGACUACUGCUGCGAGCUCGGCCUCACUUGACUUCACUUGGUGACAGAAAGAAACUGCAGGCCUGCGUUGGGCCCUGAAAAGUCAAGCUAAAUGUCAUGCUUUCAGUUUAAACCUGUACGUGGAAACAGUAGCUGGCACCAGUUCCUCUGAACAUCAUCUCUGGGAAACGUUAGUGGAGGCGUGGCUGUUAGCUAAGCUUUUGUUUUUCAGCCUUGACGAGCUCCCGUCUGGGCCGCGUUCCAAAGCUGCUGCUCUAUAGCAUACUGUCCCCCUCCUAUGGAAACUCCAUUUCCUGUCUCAACCAGGAGGGGAGCAAUUAAACUCUUCACCUCCACGAGGUUUCGCUCGUGGUCAUUUUGGAAAGCUGUGGAUACAAGAGGCCAGGGCAGUUCGUCUUCGUGCUCCUGCGUCAGCCUGGAAAAUUUCACUCACGGUCGUAUGAGUAUAGGAGUGUACUGUAAACAGAGGAUUCCUGUCGUUCAGCUGGAAAGGUUUGAGCCGAGCUUUUCGAGCUCUGAUGCCAGAGACAGAUAGUCUGUGGCUUUGUGAGAAAAGAUGGCCGAUGCAGCGGCACAGGAAACAUCCCCACAGAAACCCGGUCGCGUUUUCGUGCGAUCGUCUCUCAGAUAAGCAUAAGAAAAGGACAGACGAUCGAGGUCACGGUCACUGAGGCCAGUAGAAUAAAGACGUUUGGGCCGAGGUGCACUCUGCACUCUUUGUGCUGCUGUUCCUCCCUCCUCCCUCCUCCUCCUGAGGCUUGGGAAGCUGGCGAGGCUGCCAGCAGAGUCACAGGAUCUCAUGCUGGCGGCAGCCCCCUUCACAUGCCCUCGCACAACAAUAAACAGACAGCGACUGGAACGGCUGAAAGCAACUGUAUAGAUUUGUACGAACCAUCUGGCACGUCACAGGACGAGGACGAGGUCUUUGGGUUUAGCAGAGAUUCUGCUCUGAAUGCACAAGUUUGUCUUGAUGUUUUCCUUCCUCUAAAGUGGUGUUAUGUAACACAAAGCACCAUCUGUUGUGUACAUUCAUCUAUAUGCCAAAAACUGAUCUGAGGAGAAAACUGUUGUAACACACUGAAUUCCUGCCGCAGAUCCAAACAACAAACAGGACAUGAUGCCGGAUUUUACGCAACCAGAGAGCUCGCGCGAGGGCCAAAAAGUGUAGCACUGCUCCUCCUUAAAAGAAACAUUUUGACGUUUUUCUAUGAUGGAAUAGCCCUUUAACUGUAAAGCUUUAAUAUGGAGGGGCCACUUGUCUCCGCUCACAUUCCUGACUCAGUUUCCCAGAAAGCUUGUGUUUAUGUGUACCUGGAAGCGUGGGGGGGCCGGGGGGCAGACAAGAACGACCCAAAGAUGUCUGCCUUUUGGUCACCAGGCCGAGCUCGGCCCGGGUCGACCCGGGAACGGCUGCCGCUUAAAGCACACAGAACUGGCGCUGUCGGCUCCCAAAUCCUGCCAGCGGUGACCUAAUAUGGACGAUGACUUUGCAUAAAUCGGGUCGAUUCUUAUCUGAGUUACUUCCUCGAUGGGUGUCAACUCCUGCCUGAGACGGAGACAAGUAAACAGUCGGUCGCCAGCUCCUUCUGAGAGAGACAAAGUUUUCUGUACUCAAAGCUGGAUCCACCUCAGCUGUGACAGCAAAGUCAGUAUCAGAUGUAAGCAAACAGAAGAGAUUCAGCUCCUCACAUGUCUGGUAUCAACGCAGGGCUGCUAAUGAAGGAAUGCUUUUAAUGCAUUUACUCAAGUCUGGCAGCAUUUGGCUGUGAUCCUCUGUGGACAGCUGCCCCUACUUUCUUCUAUAUUUCGCUAAAGGGCAGAAAUAAACCCGCUAAAUAACUGAAUGUCCACCAAAACACAGAUUCAUUGUCUUCAGUUCAAAAUCCUCAGAGAGUUUGUUCAUGUCUUGCUGCGAGUUGGGUGCAAAGAUUGACAGCACGCUGCAGCGUCAUGCCACAGCCGGUUAGCUUAGCUUAGCAUAAAGACGGGACACUGGGGGAAACAGUUAGCCUGGCUGCGUCCUAAGAUAACAACAGCACGUCUGCCAGCACCUUCAGAGCUCGCUUAUUAACACGUUUAUUUAUGGUUUUCGGGCAGUAGUGUGCAGGACUUUGUCUUGGCCUCUCAAUGAUGACGAGACUCGGGCUGUUUUCCCGUUUCCAGUCUUUGUGCUAAGCUAUCUGUCAUGUGAGUGUGGUUUCGGUCCAACUCGAACCGAUGAGGUGAAUAUGUGAAUCUCCCAAAAUGUCAAACGAUUCCUUAAAUGAAGCACUUUGGCUCCACCAAACUCAGUCUGGCCUCCGCCCUCCACUGGUGCAGGUCCUUGGUUUAACAUCCGAAGUAGUCUCUUUUGAAGGUGUAGUGUUUGGAGCAACAAGCGCAGGGAGAAGCUGCUCCACCUUACUUGUGAGGUGUCGUGGAGCGGCAGACUGAAUAGACCCAUCGGUAAGCCGACACUGGUGGGACGCUGCUGACCUCCGGGUGCCCGUCCCCACUCUGACUCAGGCUUCUCCGGUUUCAAAGGUGAAGCAGAGGCCCGGGGCAAACAGCACUUAGCCAGGGCCUCGAAUUAGCUUAUCCGAAAGUAUUCUUUUCCCCUCCGCCCACCUUUUCGCACUCUGACAGCUGCGGAGGAGGAGGAGGAGGAGGAGGAGGAGGUGGAGGCCUGCGUCCUGAUGCCCCCCGUCUCCUUUUCGCUGACCUGGAAGACUCCAUCUGGGAAGACGCCAGAUGGGGGGGGUGUCAGUUUUGACCCGCGGGUCCGCAUGAAGUUUUCUUAUCGCUGAAGCUGGCUGCAGCUCGGUCCAGUUUGUGCCUCUCGUAUCUCAUCAGUACACAAAGCUGUGGAAUCUCUGGAGAUCUUUCAAAGACCUGGAACCCCGUUUCCUCGACCCGCUAUUUAAAACGAUCAGUGAGAUCCUACGUGAACACGUUCUGCCACAGGUGGAAGAGUUUUGCUGUUGUCUUUUUUGGAAAAGCUCCAAUCAGGAAGUACAUAUAAGAUUGUCCCCGUCCCCCCCAAACUUUGUUGCUUCCUUAGUCAUUAACUGACUGAAGAGUUAAGCACAAGAUUUCAGCGGCUGCAGCAACACUUAGUGUUGUUUUCAAGGUGUUUUCUGUAUUUGAGGAUCAGAAAAUAUUCACUGUGCUGCAAAAUGAUUAUGUUUUCUGAGCUUUGACUCCAUUCGUAGUGACAUAAACGUCACAAGAAAAAUGCAAAGGUGUUGUGUCCAAAAGUAUAAAACGAUGCAAAAGAGUCUCGAUCCACCUGAGCUGAAACUGAUCACGUCUGAUUGAUUGAUCCACAUUUAAAAACAGUAGAGCUCGACGAGUUGAUCAGCCUCCAUUGGUGUGUACGUUACAGGUUACAUGAGUACGAACAUGUGACUUUUCACUGUGUGGGCAGUCCACGAGGUGAAGACUGGGUGCUGGAAGGUUGGCGGGUCUCUCUGGCUUUUGAAAUGUCUCCAGAGAUUGUAAACGGGGACGCUCAGCUCCGUCUCUCAGAUCCGUCUCUCCAGAGGUCUGAGAUGCACCUCGCGGCUUUAACCAAAACCAAGUCAGUCGUUUCUGUCGAGAUCCAUAUCAAAGGUCGGUUUGCGGGCGUGAAGACAAAAGUCAUGUCGUCGUCCCGUUAGAAAGGAAACGGUGCUCUGGUAUCCAGUGGAGAGACUGAGCGCUCACAUCCCUGCUGGUUCUCGAGUCCAUCUGGGCGCAGGUUGAAGGAUGGGAGGGGAGGAAGGUCGAGAGACUAGCAAACAUUCCACAAUGCCAUGUCAUAUAGUGUACAGCAACCCUUACUUCUCUUCUGCCCUUUUCCUCCCGCCGUCUGUCUUUCCGUAACCCAGUAAUCACAUUACUACAGUGACACUUCGGACCUGUUAACACAUUAACACAUCUUUAUGUACAACUCCUUCGUCAGUAAGUAACCUUUGAGAAAAUAGUACAAAAAAAUAAAAAUACAAAAAAACAAAAACAAGAAGUGCCGUACAAAUAGAAGCCUAAUAUUUUUUGUUUUGGUUCUGUGUGAGUGUACUGUACACCUGUAUAAUGUAUAUUUUAAUAUUUAUAUGCAGCUGUUGUAUUAAAGUAUAUUUUUAAAAUAAAAA